AUGUCAGCUACACACUUCGUCCACUCCCUGCGGCCUGCAAUUGGAAACAGCUCCAGAUUGCUGCCAUCCUUGCAGCAGCAAAGCCGAGCUUUUGGGGCAUCAGCACUCCGUGGCAAUAAUCGCGCACCUAGUACAGCAAAAGAACAUGAAGAAAUACAGAAGAAGCGACCUCUGAACCAACAUAUCCCCAAUACUACCUCGACACAAACCAAUGACUUUCCGAAAGUUGGCGCUGCCAGCGCUCCCCCAGAGUUCUUGAGCUCCGUGGAUCCCAAUUACAAGCCGGCGGAUCCAUAUUCUGGCAAAAUUGAACACUUGACAGGUGGAAGGGAAUCCGCCGGCGCUCAAAAGCCAGAGUUGGGAGUGGGUGAGAUGGAGGGAAUUACAUUCAAAGUUGAACCCUUGAAACGGGAGGGUGAAGACGCAAGCACAAUGCGCGCCAGACUUCUCUAUCAAAGCCGGAAGCGCGGCAUUCUCGAGACCGAUCUAUUACUUUCGACUUUCGCCGACGUUUACCUCGGAAAGAUGACUAUAGAGCAACUACAGCAAUACGAUCGGUUCCUUGAUGAAAACGACUGGGACAUAUACUACUGGGCCACUCAAGAGCCAAAGGAGGCUGAAGAGACAGCCGCCUCUUCCGCCGGGGACGCAGGUUCUGCCGUGAAGGUCGAUACGCCGACAGAGACAUGGAAGCAAGGAGCCGCUAAGUCCGGCGAGUGGGCGCAGACAGUGGGUGCGUUCAAACCUGCAUAUCGCCCGCUUCCUUCGCGAUGGGCCGAAUCGGAGAUUUUGGCUUUAUUGCGUUCAAUUAUCACUUUCGUCGACAUUCAGGAUUCGAAGGAUCCUUGGGUAUUUUACCGGCAGCAGCGGCUUAAUGCACCGUCUUCGCGGAAGGGACGCAGUAUUUCAACGAGCCUUGUGAUGAUUGAUGACAGCGUCAGCCACGGAGAUUCUGCUGGCGCUAUUCCGCAUCGGAUACCGCCCUGUUCGGCAGGCGGUCAGGAGGGAACUGUGGCGUAG